CCCCCAGGGCUGUGAUCCAUACUCUCCCUGCUGGUGACCUAAGACCACAUGAGGAUGCUGCUAUGGUUUCUUGUCUUGUCUGCUUUGGAUCUCGCGGCCUGGGGGGAUUCCCUGGAGUUGUCCUGGAAUGAGACCCAAGCCAGGGGGCUGUUACAGGAGCUUCUGGACCUGUUUGUUGGCAUCUCACAACUCAUUCACACAGGUCGCAAUGGUGUGCCCACCAUUGUCUCCCGCAAGGAGUGGGGAGCGAGAUCCCUGACCUGCAGGGCCCAGCUGACCCGGCCUGUGGCCUAUGUCAUCACGGACCAGAUCACGGGGAUGGAAUGCGAGGAGCAGAACGCGUGCAGUCAAAAGCUGAGGGGCCUGCAGUCCCGUUCCGUCUACACCAAAGGCUGGUGUGAUGUGGCCUACAACUUCCUGGUUGGGAAUGAUGGCAGAGUGUAUGAAGGUGUUGGCUGGAACAUCCAAGGCAUGCACACCCAGGGCUAUAACAACAUCUCCCUGGGCCUCGCAUUCUUUGGGAAUAAUCUAGGCAGCAGUCCAAGCCCCACUGCCUUAUCAGCCGCAGAGGACCUGAUCUUCUAUGCCAUAAAGAAGGGUCACCUAUCACCCAGGUAUAUUCAGCCACUUCUCUUGAAAGCAGAGAGCUGCCUGGUCCCUCAUCAGCCACUGAUGCCCAGGAAAGCUUGCCCCAACAUCAUCACAAGGUCAGCUUGGGAAGCCAGGCAGACACACUGCCCUACAAUGAGUCUCCCAGCCAAAUAUGUUGUCAUCAUCCACACUGCUGGGGCAACCUGCAACAUAUCCAUGGACUGCCGGAUCCGUGUCCGAGAUAUACAAUCUUAUCACAUGGACACACAGAACUUCUGUGACAUCGGAUAUCACUUCCUGGUGGGCCAGGAUGGUGGUGUGUAUGAAGGAGUUGGCUGGCAUACCCAAGGCUCUCACACAUACGGAUACAACGAUAUUGGCCUAGGAAUUGCCUUCAUAGGCAACUUUGUAGAAAAACCACCAAAUGCCGCAGCGCUGGAGGCAGCUCAGAACCUGAUCCAGUGUUCCGUGGUCAAGGGGCAUCUGGUCCCCAACUACCUGCUGGUGGGGCACAGCGAUGUGACCAACAUUCUGUCUCCUGGGCGGGCUCUGUACAACAUCAUUAAGACUUGGCCUCACUUCAGACAAUAAGGGAACCCAAAUUCCUUCCAAUACCACCCCUUCCCCAACCGUGGCUCCUGAGUCUCCCCUUCUUCACCUUCCAUCCUGGCUCAACACCUGUGUCCCCUCCCUGCCAGCCCCAUCCUGUUUCUUCGGCUUCAGGUUAGUAUGAUCAUUUCCUAACUAGUGUGAUCAGUUCCAUACGAUCAAACCCCACAGUGGGGCAUUCCAGCCCUCUGAGUCUGCACCCAGCCUCCUUCCCUCCUCACCUUCCUCUCCCCAGCACCCACCUCCUCACCCAGGUGAGCCUCCUUGUCCCUUUGUACACACCCCUCUCCUGGUGUGCCUUCCCCUGCCAUUGUUGUAGCCAUGCACUCCGGGAAACAAACUCACUCAGAAUGACAGUGCAGAUAGUGGAGUGCAGUUUAUUACACUGGCGGGCCCAAGGCAGAGUCUCCUCUUAGCCAAGGACUCUGACUGACUUUGGUGAAAACCUUAUAUACCUUAAGUGUACUGCUCAAA